ACACACACACACACACCCUAAUACAACCCUGAUGCUCUGUUGUGAUUGAUUUUGCUGUUUUUAUGUUUGGGUCCCAGAGACGUCAAUGGCAAUUAAUAAAGGUAAUUUGAAAUUAACUGUUAAUUUUACCUCAUAUUCUUUCAAAAAAGAAUGAUCUAAUCAAAACCCAGUGAUAUUUGUUAAUAUGAUCUAGGUCUAACAGAACAUGACUUGUUUUGAUUGAUGAAGCUUAUCUCUUUAUGGUUUUAUUUAUCAGCCUUGAAGACAUCAUAAUGGGCGUUGACAUUAAAGCUACUUUGCAAAUUAUGGCUCUGUUGUUCUUGCAACUGGAAGCAGGGCAAGAUGAACUGAUCAUCUCCACUGACAAAGGCAAAGUCAGAGGACUGAGGCUUCCUUUGCUGGGUGGUUCGGAGUAUGUGGCGGCCUUCCUUGGGAUCCCCUUUGCCAAGCCUCCAUUGGACCAGCUACGCUUCAGACAACCAGAGCCUGCUGUGAUGUGGAAUGGGAUACGAGAUGCCACUCGGUACUCCAAUUCUUGCUUUCAGGUUCCAGAUACAUUGUACCCAGGAUUCCCUGGAGCUGAGAUGUGGAAUCCCAACACCAGAAUUAGCGAAGACUGUCUGUACCUCAAUGUUUGGACUCCUUCAACUGACCUCCAGAACCAUGCCAGACCCUUAAUCCCAGUUAUGGUGUGGAUCUACGGUGGAGGCUUUUCCACAGGUACCGCAUCCCUGGACGUGUACGAUGGCCGUUUCCUCAGCCAUUCGCAACAAGUGGUGGUGGUUUCUAUGAACUACCGAGUAGGAGCAUUGGGCUUCCUAUCUCUACCAGAAAGUGAGAGCAUUAAAGGUAAUGCUGGUCUAUUUGACCAGCGCCUGGCUCUCAGCUGGGUGUCAAGGAACAUUGCCGCAUUUGGGGGUGAUCCGUCUUCCAUAACCUUGUUUGGGGAGAGUGCCGGUGCUGGCUCUGUGGGACACCAUUUGCUUUCGCAGGGCAGCCAUGGACUAUUCAUCCGCGCAAUUCUCCAGAGUGGCAGUCCCAAUGCUCUGUGGGCGGCAGUGGAGCCAGCUCAGGCCUGGAAUCGUUCCUUGACUCUGGCUCAGCUUCUGAACUGCCCACUUGGACCAUCUGCUGAUGAAAUGGAGGCUUGCUUAAGGGCAGUUGAACCUGAGAAGAUAGUCGGUCUUCAAUUUGAAGUCAUUCCUGAUUCCGUUAUAAUAAGUGUCCCUUUUCCGCCAACAGUGGACGGAGAAUUUCUCGUGGACAUGCCGAGUGUCUUAAUCCAGUCAGGGCAUUUUCUGAAAACUGAACUUCUUUUGGGAUUGAACAGGGAUGAAGGGACAUACUUCCUUAUUUAUGGCGCACCUGGAUUUGGCAUCCAUAACCAGAGCCUUAUCAGUCGAGACCAGUUCCUCGCAGGUGUAUCCUUGAGCCUCCCUGGUUUCAGUGACAUAGCCAGAGAAGCGGCUGGAUUUCAGUAUACUGAUUGGACAGAUGAGCAGAGCAAGCCAAAAAACAGAGAGGCCCUAGGCUGGUUGGUGGGCGACCGCUAUAUCUCAUGCCCCUUACUGGAUUUUGCCCGUAGGUAUGUCGAUAAUGGUGGCAGUGCCCGUGUGUUCCUCUUUGACCAUCACUCCAGCCUCAACCCCUGGCCUGGGUGGAUGGGUGUAAUGCAUGGGGAUGAGAUCCCGUUUGUUUUUGGGAUUCCUUUGAACCAGGCCUUUGUAUUCUCAAAGGAGGAGGAAGCCCUGAGCAGGAGGAUCAUGAAGCACUGGAGCAACUUUGCUAGAAGUGGUGAUCCGAGUGUGCAGGGAGUGGAUUGGCCGCCAUUCACGCUGGAACAUCAGCAGUAUGUCACACUUAACACUGGCCUGUCACAAACACUCAGGAUGCUUCGAGUCCAGCAGUGCAAGUUCUGGGACAGUUUCCUGCCAAAACUGCAGUAUGUCACAGUGAGUAUUGAUGAAGUGGAGUUCCAGUGGAAGUCUAAGUUCCACCGCUGGCGUUCUUACAUUCUGGACUGGAAGAAUCAAUUUUACGACUAUGCCUCAGUCAAAAAGCAACAGUGUGAAGACCUUUAAUGUCUGACCACAUUUCCCCAAAAACAGCCCAUGCAGUGCACUUAACUACUUCACAAAGCUACAGAAAGCCAGUGCCGUGCAUAUGGACGGAGAAAAGCUUCUGUGGUUUCUAUAUCUUCACAAUAUGGUGCCUUUUUGCUUCCUCUGGGCCUUGUCUGGAAGAGAAUAGUUUUUUUGGGAACUAAAAAAGGGUCCAUAUUGAAAUAUUUUCGUAAGCUUGUUUAAGUGAUACAAGAAAAUGUCUAAGCCACACUGUGUAUGAAUAAAUACACUGAAA